AAAAGACUAGCUAGCCCAAGAGGGUCCUUUUAUAUUUACUUGGUCUCACUGGAAACCCUAAUUCAUUUAGGCGAGCGAGCAGCUGGGAGGGAGAAUAGCGACUCAAUGGGUGCCUACACUUAUGUGUCGGAGCUAUGGAGGAAGAAGCAGUCAGAUGUGAUGAGGUUCUUGCAAAGGGUGAGGUGUUGGGAGUACCGCCAGCUCCCAUCUAUUGUCCGUGUCACUAGGCCUACCCGUCCUGACAAGGCACGCCGCCUGGGCUACAAGGCCAAACAGGGCUAUGUGGUCUACCGUGUUCGUGUGAAACGUGGUGGAAGGAAGAGACCAGUUUCCAAGGGUAUUGUGUAUGGUAAACCAACCAAUCAGGGAGUCACCCAAUUGAAAUUCCAGCGCAGCAAGAGAUCUGUCGCCGAGGAGCGUGCUGGUAGGAAAUUGGGUGGUCUUAGAGUCCUCAACUCUUACUGGAUUAACGAGGAUUCAACCUACAAAUACUAUGAGGUUAUAUUGGUUGACCAAGCCCAUGCUGCUAUUCGCAACGAUCCAAGAAUCAACUGGAUCUGCAAUCCAGUGCAUAAGCACCGAGAAUUACGUGGUCUCACUUCAGCUGGUAAGAAGUACAGAGGACUCCGAGGCAGGGGACAUCUGCACCACAAAGCUCGCCCCUCAAGAAGGGCAACGUGGAAAAGGAACCAGACUCUGUCUCUCAGGCGUUAUCGUUGAUCUGCUUGAUCUUUUUGAAAGAUUGUCUCUUGCUUAGUUUUUUUCACUAUCUGGAUUUAGUAACUUUACAUUUUGGAACAAUUAAAUUUGUAUUGAAGUAUCUGUUUUCUUGCGGAGAUGGGAAUGGAUAAAGAAGAGUCUAUUAUCUGGUAUGACAGGCGGUGCAGAGCUAAAGAGUGAGAUUUAGUUUUAAAGUGCCUCUUGAUUUGCCUUGAUAGACAAAUCAACAAUGUUUUGGAAUGAAAUGUGCUCUAUAGUCCUUUUUUUCUCA